UCCGCUACGAGCCUCCACUGUCUACUACUCCUCCACGGAAUAAAAGAUGAAGAAGUGCGACUAUAGUAAACUAAGUAAACGACCGAGAGCGGUUUCCCGUUUCACGAAAAGCGAGUGAAAUAGUACGAGUUCUCGAUAAAAGAAGAGCUCAUUAAAGAGUACAGACUGGAAGAAUUGUAUGACAUAAUUUGAAACAGAUUGCAGAUACUAUAUAAUCUGUCUUGUGAUAGGCUAGAGAAAAGAAGAGCGGUUUAUGUUUGCCUAAGGACGAUCUGUCAUAACACGGCAGAACCUUUGUCCAGCGAAAUAUUGUAAUAUAUAGCGGAAUGGCUAGUACCUCGACUGACCAAAGCACCAUCGCGCAGAAGACGUGGGAGCUGUCAAAUAAUAUUGAGGCGAUCAGCACCAUGGACGAGAUUUACAGAUACGAUAGGAAAGAACAGCAGGACAUUUUAACUGCCAAACCGUGGGAAAAAGACCCACACUUCUUCAAGGAUAUAAAGAUAUCUGCGCUAGCUCUGUUAAAAAUGGUAAUGCACGCGCGAUCCGGUGGGACGCUGGAGGUAAUGGGACUGUUACUUGGCAAGGUAGCGGCGAACACGAUGAUCGUGAUGGAUUCCUUUGCUCUGCCGGUCGAAGGGACGGAAACCAGAGUAAAUGCUCAGGCCCAGGCAUACGAAUACAUGACAGCCUACAUAGAAGCAGCUAAACAAGUCGGUAGGCAGGAGAACGCGAUCGGCUGGUAUCACAGCCAUCCUGGAUACGGAUGUUGGUUGUCUGGUAUCGACGUAUCUACUCAGAUGCUUAAUCAGAACUUUCAAGAACCGUUCGUCGCUAUCGUCAUCGAUCCCGUGAGAACCAUCUCUGCUGGCAAGGUCUGCUUAGGAGCCUUCAGAACUUACCCCAAGGGAUACAAACCGGCGAACGAGGAGCCGUCAGAAUACCAAACGAUACCGCUGAACAAAAUUGAGGACUUCGGCGUUCACUGCAAGCAAUAUUACUCGCUGGAAGUGUCUUAUUUCAAGUCAUCCUUGGACAGACGGUUGCUCGAUUCACUGUGGAACAAGUACUGGGUGAACACCCUCAGCUCUUCCAGCCUGUUGACGAACGCGGACUACACCACGGGCCAGAUCUUUGACCUGUCAGAUAAACUGGAACAGUCGGAGCUGGCAUUAGGUAGGGGUUUCGUCCUGGGUGGCACGGAUCCUCACGAUCGCAGCACGGUGGAGAAGCUAAUAAAGGCGACUAGAGACAGUUGUAAGACCACCAUCGAAGUCAUUCACGGUUUGAUGGCGCAGAUAAUCAAGGAUCGAUUGUUCAAUCACGUUGGCAGCAAGGCGUCUUGCAAUCCCAUGGAGCACAAUCCUGAGCAACAACAGUAAUAAUAUGUGAUAAUAAAUCUACUGCGAAAUAUGUAUUUGUAAUAAAGGCGUGUAUACCCCCGGAUA